AUGGGUAUUCCAAAAUUUUUCAGGUACAUCUCCGAGAGAUGGCCUAUGAUUCUGCAACUUAUCGAGGGAAACCAGAUACCCGAGUUUGAUAAUCUUUAUCUGGAUAUGAAUUCGAUUCUGCAUAGUUGUACACACGGGAACGAUGAUGACGUGACAAAGAGGAUGACCGAAGAGGAGGUGUUUGCCAAGAUAUUCGCGUACAUUGACCAUUUGUUCCAUACGAUAAAGCCAAAGAAAGUGUUUUACAUGGCUAUCGAUGGUGUUGCCCCUCGGGCAAAGAUGAACCAACAAAGAGCACGUAGAUUUAGGAGUGCAAUGGAUGCUGAAAAGGCUUUGGAGAAGGCGAUCAUGAGGGGGGAGGAGAUUCCAAAAGGAGAAGCUUUCGAUUCCAAUGCUAUCACGCCCGGGACAGAAUUUAUGGCCAAACUCACUAAGAAUUUACAGUAUUUUAUUCAUGAUAAGAUAACGAAUGACUCGAAAUGGCGAGAGAUAGAUAUUAUCUUCUCGGGGCAUGAAGUGCCCGGUGAAGGUGAGCACAAGAUUAUGGACUUUAUCAGAAAUCUCAGGGCGCAGAAAGAGUUUGAUUCCAACACGAGGCACUGUAUAUAUGGUUUGGAUGCGGAUCUUAUCAUGUUGGGCAUGUCCGUUCAUGAUCCGCAUUUUGCAUUAUUGAGAGAGGAGGUUGUUUUCGGCAGGAGGGGUAGCGUGGCCAAAAGUUUGGAAAGUCAGAACUUUUAUCUAUUGCACAUCUCGCUGUUGAGAGAGUACAUGCAGUUGGAAUUUCAAGAGAUUGCCGAUGAAUUACAGUUUGAGUAUGAUUUCGAGCGUAUCUUGGACGACUUUAUUUUAGUCAUGUUUGUCAUUGGUAAUGACUUCUUACCUAAUUUGGCUGAUUUGCAUUUGAACAAAGGUGCGUUCCCUGUUCUACUACAGACCUUUAAGGAGGCACUUCUUCAUUUAGAUGGCUACAUGAAUGAGCACGGUGAGAUUAAUUUGAAGAGGCUGGGUGUUUGGUUGGAAUACCUAUCCCAGUUCGAACUAACAAAUUUUGAGCAAUCUGACAUUGACGUCGAUUGGUUCAAUCAACAGUUGGAAAAUAUUUCGUUGGAGGGCGAGAAGCAAAGAGCAAGAACAGGUAAAAAACUAUUAUUGAAGCAACAGAAAAAGAUUGUAGGUAUCGUAAAACCUUGGGUAAUUGACGUGAUGUCAAAAAGAUAUCCCGCAGACCUGCCGGAGGACGAUGUCCCAACUUUGAAGCUAGAUGAUGAUCGUAUAGAAGAGAACUUGGAAUUUUUAAAGGAGUUGGCUUUCCAAUUAGGGCUCUUCGUUACUCAUUCCAAGUCACAAGAUGUUUAUUCUUUGAAGAUGGAUAUUGAUGCCAUUAAUCCUGACGAAACCGAUGUGCAAUUUGAGGAGCGCCAAAAGUCGGUGAGAAAAACCAUAAAGAGAUACCAACAGGCCAUUCUGGUUGAAGACCAAGAGGAACUGGAUAACGAAAAAGAAAUUUACAAUGAGAGAUUUAUCCAAUGGAAGGAUAAAUAUUACAAAACUAAGCUUGGUUUCAGUUACGAUGAUGCUGAGAAGCUGACCGACCUAUGUCAGAACUACGUGGAGGGGCUGCAGUGGGUGCUUUAUUACUACUAUAGAGGUUGUCCAUCGUGGGGCUGGUACUUCCACUAUCACUAUGCUCCACGUAUUUCCGACUUGGCCAAGGGGCUCAACCAGAUCAUCAAAUUUAAUAAAGGCAAACCGUUUACUCCAUUUCAACAGCUCAUGGCUGUCUUACCUGAAAGGUCAAAAAACCUAAUUCCAACACCUUUCAGACCACUAAUGUUUGAUGAAAAAUCACCCAUUCGUGAUUUCUAUCCUCGAGAAGUAGAAUUAGACAAGAAUGGAAAAACUGCAGAUUGGGAAGCUGUUGUUCUGCUUUCCUUUGUCGAUGAGCAGAGAUUAAUAGAUGCUAUGGCGCCAUACUUGGGUAAGCUCUCACCAGAGGAGAAGAUCAGAAAUGGGUGCGGUAAAGAUCUAAUAUACACAUUCAAUCCACAGGUGGAUGUACUAUACAAAAGCCCUCUGAGCGGGAUGUUUUCGGAUAUUGAGCACGAUCAUUGCGUAGAGCGUGAAUUCACCCCACCGAAUAUUGACGAGUCUCAAUUUCGCUACGGGUUGCUAGAAGGGGCAAAGGUUGGUUCAAAUCUCUUGGCCGGUUUCCCUAGUUUGGAGACGAUUCCUUUUAGUGCUGAAUUGGCGUACAAUGAAACGAGAGUGUUCCAACAGCCAUCAAAGCAGCAGUCUAUGGUACUUCGUAUCGAGAACGUUUUUGAACAAAAUAGUUUGACUUUGGACGAAUUGAGCAAGAGGUUUAUGAACAAAGUCGUUUACACCAGGUGGCCUUUUCUAAGAGAAUCUAAAUUGGUUAGCAUAAUUGAUGACCACAAUGUCUAUGAAUCGUUAAAACCUGGUAAAACACUUCGUAGGCCAGUCGAGGCCUCCGAAAUUAAGCUGUUCAAAUCUUUGACAGCCUCUAUGAUCAAAAACUACUCUCAAGAGAAAGCUGUCUCUCUCGGUAAAGUGAGUGCCAUCGUGAAGGUUUUGCCUGUAACCGAUUUGGUUAGAACAUCAAAAGGUUCCUAUGUCAAGACUUUUUCUUCAGAGGCCGAAUAUUAUCCUCUGCAGCUCAUGGUAGAAUCGGUAGCUAACCAGGAUGAACGGUUUGUUGAAAGGGAACCUGUUCCAAUUGAAAAAGAAUUUCCUCAGGGUUCUCAUGUUAUAUUUUUGGGCGAUUACGCGUAUGGUGGCGAGACUAUCAUUGACGGAUAUAAUAGCGGUACCAGGCUCAAGCUGACGGUGAAGAAGAGGGUCUCUCAAGCGGAGCCUACAAUAGGCAAGGAAAGAGCAAGAAUUGACAGCUCUUUAGUGAAGUAUUUCCCUUCAUUUAUUGUUGCAAAGAAACUGCAGUUACAUCCAUUAUUUUUGUCCAAGAUAACGUCAAAAUUUUUGAUUGCUAAUGUUGCAGGAAAGCAUGUAAAUGUUGGUAUCCCAAUCAAGUUUGAAGCCCGCCACGAGAAAGUGCUUGGAUAUGCAAGGAGGAAUCCGAAAGGAUGGGAGUUCUCCACUUUGGCAAUUCAAUUGAUCGAGGAUUACAGAAGAACUUUCCCAGAUUUUUUUGAGCGCUUAUCCCAGACACAUAGCAACAUUCCCUCUAUUGGUCAAUUAUAUCCGGAGCUUCCCGAAGACAAAGUAAGCCAAAUUUUAGACAGCAUCGUUACGUGGUUGAAAACAGCGACCGAGAAAUUUGUGAAAGUUUCAUUAGAAAGCGAUUCUUUAACAAAAGUUUCGAUGCAAGCAAUCGAGGAACAUGUUUUAGCGUACUCGGCUCAUAUGGAGGCCAUCGAGAAGAAACAGUUAGCGAAAGUGCCAUGUGAUGCUAUACUAGACCCCAAGACCUCUUUUACUUUGCUUCGGGGACAAAAAUUCGACUUGGGUGAUCGUGUCGUUUAUGUUCAGGAUUCUGGUAAGGUACCAUUGUUUUCAAAAGGUACCGUGGUUGGUUAUACGACCCUAGGAUCUAGGCUGUCAGUUCAAGUUUUAUUUGACAACGAGCUUGUAGCCGCUAACAACUUUGGAGGUAGAUUGAGGACUAACCGUGGCUUAGGUCUCGAUGCCUCGUUUUUGCUGAACUUAACCAACAGGCAGUUCAUUUAUCAUUCAAAGGCUUCAAGACAGGCCACCGAGCAGAAAAAGAACGUCAAGACGUCUGCUACUGCACAGAGAGCUAAGACCGUUACCGUCAAGCCUAAUCAGGCUCGCGAACUAUUGACCCAUAUAAAAAAGUCCGAUAAAGCGGGCUUAUCAACGAAGACGGAUAAUCGCUUGGAUAGCCAGCGUCCUGCAACUGCUGCUGGAGAGCGCCCGGUACCCCGAGAGGCCAGUUAUGCACCAGGCAUUAACGCCGUGUCGGCAAACGCAUUGUACAACGUUGUUUUGAAUCAAUACUCUGGAAAUUUUUAUCCUCCCAAUAUGGCUUUCCCACCCCCUCCAGCAGACAGCCAAGGCAUGCCAUAUCACAUGCCGCCGGGAUACGCUCAGCCUUUCGUUCCUAUGCAACCGCCUUAUCCAACUGAAAUGCGCCCACCAGUGAAUGGCGGGCACGUUCCAGUUCCCCAUGGUAUGUCGAGCAACCAUGGGACAGGCGUAAAAACCAGUCGGAGGUCGCAAAACGGAACAAAGAUUCAUAUGAAAGGCCGUGAUGAUCAUAGGGGAGUAAAUUCUAAGAGUAAUGAGGAGCAGGGCUUAAAGUCGGAGCGCAAAGGUGUGGAAGCCCAGUCAUGA